GUAAAUCGAAAGAGAAAGAGAGAAGAAAAGCCAGUAGAGUGCUGAAUGAUCUAUUAACAUGGCCAAAACAUCGUCCGAUGCGUCGAACAUUUUCCUUGCUGCGAUCUUUCUUUUUCUUGGAAGUGUUGUCCUUGGAGCUCAAGCGAAAAAUGUCCACUACUACGACUUCGUGCUGAGAGAAAUUAAUGUAACGAGGAAUUGCACAACGAAGACAAUUUUAGUGGUGAAUGACAGUCUUCCUGGGCCAACCAUUCGCGUUCAGAAGGGCGAUCUUGUCUACGUGAAGGUUCAUAAUCAAGGACUCUACGGGGUCACUCUUCACUGGCAUGGGGUGAAGCAACCACGCAAUCCAUGGUCAGAUGGUCCAGAAUAUAUUACUCAGUGCGCUAUUCCACCAGGAACAGAUUUCACUUAUGAAGUGAAUUUAACUGAAGAAGAAGGAACUGUUUGGUGGCAUGCCCACAGUGAGUGGACAAGGUCUACCGUGCAUGGUGCUAUUGUCGUUCUACCACAAGAAGGAUCAAGUUUCCCAUUCGCCACACCAGACGGGGAACAUAUAGUCGUGCUUGGUUCUUGGUAUAAGGAAGGAAAUUCUCUGAAUGAAGCCCUGGAGAUGGAAUUGUCUGGAGGCAGUCCUGAAGAACCUCAUGCAGCUGGCUACAUGAUCAAUGGACAAUUUGGAGAUUUUGUUCAAUGCUCGAAUGAAACAACGCAUCACUUUUUUGUUGAUUAUGGCAAGACCUAUCUCUUCCGUAUAGUCAACGCGGGGGUCAGUUCAGAUAUGUUCGUCUCCAUCGCCGAUCAUAACAUGACCCUGGUUGGAAUGGAUGGAGCAUACACAAAACCAGUAGUCUUUUCAUAUCUAAUGAUUGAACCUGGACAGACGAUGGACAUAUUAGUGUCCGCAAAUCAAUCUCCCGGAAGGUAUUACAUGGCAGCUCAAAGAUUUUCAAGCGAAGAUAUGAUUUACGACGAAUUUCCACACCUUGUUGCUACCGCUAUCAUCCAGUAUAGUGGGAAUUACAGUCUGACAUCGCCACCGAGUUAUCCAAAUGAUACCCUGCCGGUUUAUCAUAACUACAGUGCCGCUGCUAGUUUCAAUCAACAACUGAGAAGUCUAGGAACCGAAGAACAUCCCGUAGACGUCCCUCACAACGUGACCACGAGGAUGUUCAUCACAGCUUCCAUGAACGACGUGUCGUGCCCAGAUGACUCCUGUUAUUUCGGUGAUUACAAAGAUGCCACAGCCGUAAAUAACAUAAGUUGGGUGGACCCAUCCGUCGAUGUAUUGCAAGCUUAUUACAGGAACAUCAGUGGAAUAUACACCGCAGAUUUUCCCGAUUUUCCCCCGCUUAUGUAUAAUUUCACAGGAGAUGAUCUGUCGAGCAGCCUUGUGAUGGCUAAUGCAGGGACAGCCGUAAAGGUUUUGAAUUACAAUGAAACUGUAGAGAUUGUUUUUCAAGGGACUAAUCUGGUGGGCGCGUCAGCAUACCAUCCAAUGCAUACUCAUGGAUAUAGCUUUUACGUCGUUGGGCUAGGGUUAGGAAAUUUCGACAAUGAGACCGAUCCUCUAGUGUACAACUUGGUCGACCCGCCUAAAGUCAAUACGUUCGGAGUUCCUAAAAGAGGAUGGCUUGCAAUCAGAUUCAGGGCAGAUAAUCCAGGUGUAUGGUAUUGGCAUUGUCAUAUAGACCGACAUAUGAGUUGGGGAAUGAGUUCCGUUCUUAUCGUGAAAAAUGGGGAUACGGAAGAGACAAGCAUGAGGCCACCUCCUUCCUAUAUGCCUCCUUGCACAGCCUCCAACUCCAAGGACAAACUCUUUGGUGGAACAGCUCAGAAUUUAAAAAGUGACAUCUAAUCGCCAAGAUUUAUUAGGCACCAGGUGAUACGUCAAUGGUCACAUGGAUUUUCGCUUUCAUCAACGCCACGAGUUUAUUUAUGUAUGCGUCUUAGAACCAUCGAAUUGAAUGAAUUACUGCCUUUUAUAUUUGGAUCUUCCUUGUAAAAUAUUAGUUCGAGUUGGAUAUUUUUCCAGAAAUUCCUCGAUUGACUAAGA